CGUCGRGUGACAAAGGAGUGAAAAUAAGCGUAACAGAUCGAACGGCCAGYUUGCAGGCGCUACAAACCUGAAUUACUACAAAACCUGCUCCAAAAAGAACUGUUUYAAASCUCAGACUUUGYGAGUUCUUUCGUAAACGWYUUCCAAGAUCUCAAGAUGCCACGAACCAUUCUCAUUGCAGUGAACGCAAGCGAACACAGCGAACGUGCUUUGAACUGGUAUUUGGAUAAAAGCCGACUUCAUGGAGACCAAGUUCUAUUUGCGCAUGUGGUUGAGUCGGCUUCCAUUAUACCGCCCCCCACUUACGCACAUGGACCGAGCCUCUCGAGAGAGGAGUGGGACCAAAUCAUGGAAGAAUUGCAUGCCAAAGCCCACGUAGUAACCGAGCCUUUAGAGAAAGUACUGGAGAAAUAYGUAUCGGAGAAUGAAGGCAAAGAUGAGAAAAAAGAAGCUCAAUAUCAAACAAUCUGCUCUGUUGGAAGCCCUGGUGAAGCAAUUUGCAAAAUGGCUGAAGACAACAAAGUUGACAUGGUUAUUAUCGGUAAUAGAGGCCUGGGAACGAUUCGUCGCACGCUACUGGGAAGCGUUAGUGACUACAUCGUACAGCAUUGCACUGUAGCGGUAGUGGUGGUACCCCCUGAGCAGUGAAACUAGACCCCMCUGAAUAUUAGAACAAUUUUCUUAAUAUUAUUAUUGUUGGAUUUAUUGUUGUCUCUACGAAUGGCGGAUCGUAUGGAACUUCGAAGGUCAAUCAUUUUAGUAGACAAAAACGAUAUUACUGCAUCUUAAUAAAACUAAGRGAAUGGCGCCUUUUGCCAAUGCAUUUUAAGGCCAAAUUUCAAAGACAAAGAACCAGAUUUCAUUAUAGAUGUGGAAGAAAGCCUGGAGGGACACAAACAAGAAGAAGGCUGAGACACCAGUCAGAAKAAAGUCUGGASUUAAACAAUUAARAGAUGGGAAUUGAAAUUUGAAUGGCUGAWUAGAACAUCAGUCUAAUGAAUGCAAACUGUCGUGAGAUUCAAAGGUUGAUUCUCUUCAUACUAAUGACAUUAUAUUUAUGAACUUAUUAGGGCAUAUACUAAUGCUAGUAAAUAUAGUUAGAGUUAGUACAAAAUACAUAAAAAAAUUAUUCCUUAAACAAAAUAAAGGCAAUUGCUUCAA